GAGUAACAACAGUGUGUCAAAGUAGCAAUCAUCGUUCCAUCGUCCGUCGGUUGCUUCAGUCGAGCGGUGUAUAUUUUCGGAAUUUUUGCGCGACCUGCCGAUACAUCGGGAUUUUCCUACGCGGCUUGUGCGGCCGGUUUCGGUACCUGUCUGGGUUCAGAGAGGUGAAGUGUAGUUUUCGUUGCAGUUUUGCAGUGCAUCGUCGUCCAUCCAGCGCAGCGUGAGAAGGUGAGAGAAUUUACUUUUUCUCAUCGAGGAACUCAUCGUACACCACCGGACCGGGGGCUAAAGUUAGAGCAACCGUAGUGGCCUUACUGCUAGUAGUCGUAUGUUAUCCACCGAUCAGAGUGGAGGAACUGUUUUCGGUUUGAACACGCAUUCGAUCCACCCCCCUCCGGAAGUAAACAGGCCUUCAAUCGACUCUGGCAGGGCCGAUGAAAUUGCGGGAGCGGCUAAAGGCAAAAACAAAAUCUGUUCUGAAAAGCUUGAAUGCAUGUGCCAAUCGGGUUGGAAAGAUGGACUCCAAUCAGCAGCAAAGCGGCGGUAAGUUCAUGGACAAGAAGAAGCCUCAGUCUCUGACGAAAACCGUCGUGAACGUGUUCCACAAGUUUCUGGUGCUGCUAGUGCGAUGGUUCUUGAAGUUAAUUUACGGCGAACAUGGCCCGAAAAUGCCCCCCAUUCGGAACUUGAUCCUAAUGGAGUCGGCCACUUCACUGGCACUGAAAAUCCGCACACGAAAGCUCACCAGUGUCGAGGUAAUGGAAGCAUUCAUCGCUCGCUGCGAGGAGCUUAACCCGCAGUUUAAUAUAGUGGUCGAUCAGCGCUACCAGGAAGCCCUGAAGGAUGCCGAAAAAGCCGACAAGUUAAUCGCUUCCGGAACGCUGACCGUCGAGCAGCUAGCCAGUGAGAAACCAUUCCUGGGUGUUCCCAUUUCUACCAAAGACUGCAUUAAAGUUAAAGAUCUCCUGCAUACUGCUGGCAUUUGGAAGCGGAGGCUAAUUCGUGGCGACUGUGAUUCGCACGCAAUGGCACUAAUGCGCAAAGCCGGGGCGAUUCCGUUUGCCCUGACCAAUGUUCCCGAGUGUUGCAUGUGGUGGGAAACUGUCAACACGUUGCACGGUCGCACACGAAACCCCUACGAUGCCAACCGAAUAGUUGGUGGAUCCAGCGGUGGCGAGGGAGCCAUCCAGGCCGCUGCCGGAUCGCCGUUCGGUUUGGGUUCGGACAUCGGUGGUUCCAUUCGGAUGCCGGCAUUCUUCAACGGGAUUUUCGGUCACAAACCAUCGAAACACAUUGUAUCGAACGAUGGACAGUACCCGGAGCCGGUCAGCGGAGAGCAGGAUAUGUUUUUAGUCAUUGGACCAAUGUCUCGCUAUGCUACGGAUUUGAAACCGAUGCUACAGAUUAUUGCUGAUCAGAACGCCAAAAAGUUGCGCUUGGAUGAACCGGUAGAUUUGAAACAGGUUAAAUUUUUCUAUCAACUCAAUGACGGAGGCGGCAGUUUGGUGUCUCCGGUAGAUAUGGACAUUCGAGAUGGGAUGGAAAAGGCGAUGGCUCACUUCCGCUCCACGGUUAAAGCAGAUGUUCGCAAGGUUUAUCUGGAUAAGUUGCGAAAGUCAGCACAGAUAUGGUUCGGUAACAUGAAACAAAAGGAAGAAAUAACGUUUGACGCUCAGUUGGCCAAUUUGGAUGGAAAAAUCAAUCCUUAUGUUGAACUGCUCAAGUGGUUCGUGGGACAAUCGAAUCAUACCUUUAUUGGAAUAAUGACGGCAAUCACCGAACGCAGUGGAGUUCAGUACGACACUCCUCUAUACCACUAUUUGGUGAGUCAGCGGAAUGAAUUGCUGCAGGAGCUUACGACGAUGCUGGGGGAUAAUGGCGUUUUUAUCUAUCCGACCCAUCCAACGGUCGCCCCGUACCACAACGAACCAUUGGUUCGGGCACUCAACUUCAGUUACACUGCGAUUAUAAAUGUUCUGGGUCUGCCCUCCACCUCCGUGCCACUGGGACUGGGUCGCGAGGGUCUCCCAAUUGGUCUGCAAGUGAUAGCAAACGUGAACCAGGACAGGCUCUGCUUGGCAGUAGCUUGUGAGCUGGAGCGAGUUUUCGGGGGAUGGGUCGCACCGGAGGUGUUGGCCUGAAUGCGUUCAGCAAGUGGCGCAAGUUGUUGGGACCAGUGAUACCACCUGUGUAUCACGGGAUACGAAACUUAAGCGAUUUAUUUCCUAUUAGAAUGGAAUAUUUGUUUUCUAUAGAUUAAGAAACAGAGCUUAAUAUUGUGCGAAAACGAAAUAUACAAGGUGUUAGAGGAUA